UGGUGGUUUGGGAGAGCGCACUAAAGGUCCCACGCAUGCGCGGUCUGCCCUUCAUUAAGCGAACCAGCUGCACGUAGUAAAAGUUAACUUCGAACUCUUUUGACGCUCAGUGUUUUUCUAGACUGCUAGCUAGCAGCUACGUGUGUCUCUCGUUGGGACACUGCUUGGGAGAGCUUUAACAUCCCCCCCCACCGGGUCACUGUCAGUCCUUGCUGCCUGUCAUAGCCUAACAGCUCAUCCCUCCCACCCUCACGGCGACUCCGCCCUCCCUCACCCGCUGUUCCCAGUAGACCGAGCGGACGGACGGACGCGACCGCAGACCGGGAUUUUGGACUAGCUAGCUAGGUGCUUUUGGGAACUCUGUUUACCUUUUUUCUCUUCUUUUUGAUAGACCUCACGUCGGCUGUUUUUGCCUCCUGAAUGAAGUGACAUUAUCUUUUGGGCUCUAAGUUUUUUUUUUUUUUAUGUGUUCGGAGUACAAGAGGACCAAGGGAGUUUUGAAGAGCGCUUCCAGACGGAAUAAACCCUCAGACACUUCAAAACAUGGCUUUACCUCGGCAGUUUUUAACCUACUUUCUAUGCACCGCCAUGACAGCGGUGUACCACUGUGAAGCAACAGCUCCACCUCCUCCCCCGACCGGGCUCAACUACAGUUGGCUCGACCCGUUUACCGUCAACGUGUCCUGGCAGCUCCCCAGAGGCCUGCAGGACAGGGAGGUCUGGUACAAGUACCGCCUGGUGAACGAUCAAACUGAUAAAGCCACGACGUGCCUGUCUUGGAGAAAUUUCACACAUCGCUUUCUCACAGAAGAGAUGGCUUCUGAUCAUUUGACGUAUGAAGUUUGGACUGUCGGCAGUAAAUGUGAUCAUCAUUCGAACGAGAGCACACGUGUGGCCAUUACCGUUCGUACCCCUAAGCCCCGAGCUGAAGUGAAGGACAUCAGAUGUUUUAUCGACUCCACAGGAAUGAACUGUUCCUGGAGCCCAGGGAAUCAGCCCUUUAAUCUCUCCUAUAGGGUUGGUGAUAAUUAUCGGUAUGAAAUGAAGGAUGUAUGCUUGAACUUCACCGUAACCGGAGAGCCUGGGCAGAUGCCCUACGAUAAAAGAUGCCGUUACGAGUUCAAAUCCCGAGCCAGGAUGAGUCACUACUGCGGAAACGGAAAAUUCAGCGGCUUCGGUGACGUUGUACCUUAUGGUACCGAUGAGCCUCCUGACGAGACGCUGACGGUGGUUGCCAUCGUCAUCCCCGUCAUUCUGUCUGCCUGCAUCAUUCUGUCCUGCUACUGCUUCAGGAGACACCGCUCCAUUAUUUGCCCCACCAUACCGGAUCCUUCGGCAAUUUUCAAGGAAAUGAUGUUGAACGGAAACAAAGAAUUUAAGACCACACCGGGGAGUCUGUACACGCCGGUGCCAGAAUCCGUUGAACCCUGCAAAAUCACGCUGUCCCCCAGGAAACCUCCUGACACGCUCGUGUAGACUGGCUGCGGGGAAGCCGGACUCCCAUUCUGGGCAAAUUCAUCAAGAACAUUAAUGGAGUAACUUAAAGGACAAUUCCGGCGCAAUAGUUAAUAACAAGUGUACCGAGUCGAGCGUUCUCUGGGAUAUGUUUUCAUGCUAAUCGAAUGUGUCGCUAGGUUGAAA